AUGUCAUACUCCAACCAACAUCUCCAGGUCCCGUCCUUUGACGGACCGUCGGACACCCGAACUCAAGGAUCUCCGGGCCGCAUGUCAUCUCACCAUGGUGGCUCUCAGCAUGGUGGCUCGCCCGCCCGAUCUCAGGGCGGUGGCUCCCAGGUGUCUCCUGCCAGAGGUUCUCGUUCUCGUGCGGAGUCUGGCGCUUCUGCUGGUCGUCCACGUAGCGAGUCGGGCGCUCAACGAGCAGCUUCACCUAACCCAUCUCCCUUCCCCCCUGGCACCGGCCGUGAUCCUGCUCGCGAUCCUGGCGGUCGUCCACAAGGGUUGAACACUCGCAUUGAUCUGCCUCCUGAGGCUUUUGUGCAGAAUCCUCGCGAGACUCCCUUCGCGCGCCGCCCGAAGUUCUGCGACGUGGGCCGCCAGGUCACAAUCAACGUGAACCAAUUCCGUGUGACGGCGCUUCCAACAUCUGAUAUCUAUCAGUACGAUGUCACCGUCAGCCCAUAUAUGGACAAGCCUGCAUUUGUUCGAAAGCUCUGGAAGUCAAAGGCCGUUCAGGAGCGUCUCCAAAAGUCCAACUGCAGGUGGUUAUUCGACGGCGAGAAGCUGGCUUGGUCGCGCGCCCAAGCGAAGGACGGCGUACGUAUUCUUGUCGACAUGGACGAGGAGGAUGGAAGACAGCCGAGACCUGGCAGGAACAACCGAUUUGAGAUCAUCCUCAAGUCCACCACUACCAUUCGCAUGCAGGCUCUGGAUUCCUACUUGAAGGGCCAAACGGAUUGGCAGAAGCAUGUCUUGGAGUGUAUGAGCUUUCUCGACCAUCUCUUGCGCCAGGGUCCUUCGGACAAUAUGAUUGCGAUCAAGCGCAAUUUCUACCACCGAGAUGCGCAAAUCGAGAAGCUCGACAGAUACGGCGCAAUCGUCGCCCGCAAAGGCAUAUAUGCCUCUAUGCGUCUGUCACAGAACAUCGCAAACAAGGGUUGCACCGGCCUCGGCAUCAAUGUUGAUAUUGCCAACACUGCUUUCUGGGGCUCAGGACUUUUCAUCGAGUUCUUUAAAGCUUGGGUCCGUGGACUACCAGACAACAAGUGGACUGGAAGCGAUUACCUGGAGCUAGCACGGCUCUUCAAGCCCAUGGAGAAGGACCAGUUUGAUGAAAACAACAAGUUUAUCCGGUCAUUUUGGGACAUGCCACCGUUGUUUAUGCAUCUGCGCAAACUGCAUCGCAUCAGAUUCGGUAUUCAAUAUCGCGGCAAGGUCAACGAUCCUAAGACGUACACAAUCAUGCGAUUUAUGUACAACGAAAGCUUUGGCAAAGAGGGUGCGGAUGCGCUCACAUACAAAUUCGACUAUGAGGGCAAGAUGACAAGCGUGGAUGAGUUCUUCCGCAAGAAGUACAAGUUGUGGCUCAAGUACCCGAAGCUGCCGCUCAUCGAGACUUCUCGAAGUGGUGUCUACCCGAUUGAGGUCUGUCAUCUUUUACCGUUUCAACGGUAUAACUUCAAGCUUGAUCCCGAGCAGACUUCGAACAUGAUCAAAUUCGCCGUCACCCGCCCACCUGUCCGUGGUAAGGCUAUCAUGGACAAUGUCAAUCUCCUGAACUGGGCUCAGGAUCCCUACCUCAAGGAGUUCGGUAUGACGAUCGAUCCCAGAAUGACUCCUGUACCUGCACGCGUUCUCCAGAAUCCCGAAAUCCAAUUCGGAAAUGGAAAACACAAUCCGGGAACCAGCGGCCGCUGGGAUCUUCGGGGCAAGAAGUUCAUGGUCCCAGCUAUCCGUCCCAUCUCGCGCUGGGCCAUUGUUGUGAUUGAUCGUUGCAUCGACCAGAAUAUGGCGACAAAAUUUGCCCGAGCUUUCUGCGAAGCCUACAGGAACCACGGUGGCCGGAUUGAGGGUCCACCAUAUGUCACAUCUGUGAGAUAUCACGGUGCCAUGGGUGUCAACCUGUCGAACAUGUUCCAGGAUAUCCAGGACAAGCUCAAGGGUCCGCCAGACUUCGUCAUGGUCGUGCUGACGGACAAACUCCAAUUCGUCUACGAGCGCUUGAAGAGGAGUUUUGAGGUUCGAUGGGCAAUCAUCACUCAAAUGCUUCAAAGAGCCCAUGUUAUGAAGUGCCAGCCCCAGUAUUGCUCCAAUGUGGCGAUGAAGGUCAAUGCCAAGUUCGGCGGAUCUACAACAAGAAUCCCUAGUGCGGGCACUGGGUCUGCAUUCUUCAAUGCCCCUACCAUGAUGAUCGGUGUUGAUCUUUCUCACGGAUCUCCCGGAGUAAUGACCCCAUCGAUAGCAGCGAUGACCAUUUCGAUGGACAAAGAUGCCGCGACCUAUGCUGGCAGUUGCCAGACCAACGGCUACCGAGUUGAGAUCGUUCAGCCCGGCGUUUUCAGGUCAAUGUUCACACCAAACCUCCAGAAGUGGUGCGAGAAGAUGAAGGUGCCCCCAAAGCAUGUCUUCUACCUUCGUGACGGUGUGGCGGAGGGACAGUUCGCCCAAGUCAUGGAGUAUGAGAUUGAUGAGCUUCGGAAGUGCUUGCAGAAGGUCACCGGCACCACGCCAAAGAUCACGGUCAUUGUUGCCACAAAGCGGCAUAAUAUCCGUUUCUUUCCUCAGUCGGGUGCUGACAAGAAUGGCAAUGCCCUUCCGGGAACACUUGUGGAGAGGGAAGUUACUCACCCUUUCCACUAUGAUUUCUACAUCUGUUCGCAUGUCGCCAUUCAGGGAACUGCUCGUCCGGUCCACUAUCAUGUCAUUCAUGAUGAGGUGAAGAUGAAGGCGGACGAUCUGCAGAAGAUGAUUUAUCAUCAGUGCUAUCAAUAUCAAGACCCGAUGAUGUCCCGGGCCAAGAUUGAGAGUGAAGCUAAGGCUUUGCUGUCUAAAUCUGACAUGCCCGGAUAUGAGCCUGACCGCACGACGGACAUGAGAGGCCAAGAUUCUUUGCCUCUUCUGCGAAUCAACUCUGAUGGCGAGGCUACUCCAGCCAACACAGAGUGGUUCAAGUCCACUAUGUGGUACAUCUAG